CCUGCGGCGGGACGGCUACACGGUGCAGGUGAAUGUGAACGAUUACCUGGACAUUUAUUGCCCCCACUACAAUGAGACCCCGGGGGAGCACAAGAUGGAGCAGUACAUCCUGUACAUGGUGAGCUACGAGGGCUACCGGACCUGCAACAUCAGCCAGGGCUUCAAGCGCUGGGAGUGCAACCGCCCCCACGCCCCCCACAGUCCAAUCAAAUUCUCCGAGAAGUUCCAGCGCUACAGCGCCUUCUCCCUGGGCUACGAGUUCCACGCCGGCCACGAGUACUACUAUAUCUCAACACCGACCCACAACCACAGGCGCUCCUGCCUCAAGAUGAAAGUGUUUGUGUGCUGUGCCAGCAGUAAGGCCC